GUCCCUCCCCCGGGGCGGGGCCGCCCGCUGUGCUCCUGCCAGGUGCGUCUGGAGCCAGUCCACGACUCCGCCCCGACGGGAGGUGCUAGGCCGUGGCCGCCUAAGAACUCGCACGCAGUGUUGCCGGCCGGAGACGGGGUGGGGCUGCUGCCGGCGGCCUGGCGUUUCCUCUCCGCCCUCGGGAGCCGGUGCCAGCUCAGCGGAACCCCCUUCCUCGUUCUCCUCCUCCGGGUCGCCACCGGGGCCAUGAGGCGCUGUGCUGUGCUGGCGUCCUUCGCGCUGGGCUACGCGGGUUACCUGCUGCUGGGCGCGCUGAUCAUCUCGGCCGUCGAGCGGCCCUACGAGAGUCGCCUGCGGGCCGAGCUGCGGGAGCUCAAGGCCGCCUUCCUGCGCCAGAGUCCCUGCCUGUCCGAGGCCGCGCUGGAGCGCUUUCUGGCCGCGGUGCUGAACGCCAACCGCCACGGCGUGGCCCUCCUGCGCAACGGGUCGGCCGCCCCGUCCAACUGGGACUUCGCUUCCGCCUUCUUCUUCUCUAGCACUUUGAUCACUACCGUCGGCUAUGGCUACACCACCCCGCUCUCGGAUGCGGGGAAGGCCUUCUGCAUCUUCUACGCACUGCUGGGCGUCCCCUUCACCAUGCUGAUGCUGACGGCCACCGUGCAGCGCCUGGUGGCCACUUUGACCUGCGGGCCCCUGGAGUACCUGGCGCUGCGGUCGGGGUGCGGCCGGCGGGCCCUGUCCUGCGGGCACCUGCUGCUCCUGGCGCUGGCGGUGCUGGUGGCCUUUUUCUUGGUGCCUGCGGCCAUCUUCAGCAGCCUGGAGGCCUCCUGGAGCUACCUGGAUGCCUUCUACUUCUGCUUCAUCUCCCUCUGCACCAUCGGCCUCGGGGACUAUGUCCCUGGAGAGCAGCCCGGGCAGCGGCUCCGCCCCCUCUACAAGGUCUCCAUCACAGUGUAUCUCCUGCUGGGCCUCAUGGCCAUGCUCCUGCUGCUCCAGACCUUCCACAAGGCUGCAGACCUGCAUGGCCUCUCGGACCUGGUCUUGCUGCCCCGCGACCCGCCCCACGAGGACCACGAGCGCAUCCUGGAGCCCCAGGACCCCCCCUCGGAGCCCGGCCUGGCAGAGAAGGUGCCGGUGAACACGCAGCAGCAGCAGCAGCAGCAGCCUGGCUCUGGGGGGCAGGCAAACUACUCUUCCAUCAACAGAUAGCCCAAGGGCAGGGCCCCCUGGCUCCCGCUCGUGUCCGGGGUCUCUCUUCUCCCUCAUGAGGCUCCCUCCUGCCAGUUGGCUCUUCCGGCAGGGCAGCAGCAGCAGGAAGGGGAGGCUGCUGGCCGGUCUCUCUUCUGGGGCAGGGAAGCCCCUCUCGGUGUCGGUCAGCCGGACCCCGUCCAGCUCACAGGCCUGGACAAUCUGUGCUGAGAUCUCACUGGGUGCUGCCUGCAGGUUGCCAAACUCAGAAUUGGGAGGAGGGAAGGCGAGUCAAGUUGCAGCUCACCAUGAAGAGGAGGGUGUGUGAGCGGGGAGCAAGCCCUAGACAUUCCAGCUCAUGGGGGGGGGGUGCUGGGAGCAGCAGCCUCCCAUGACUGUGCCCACGGCCACUUGCCCGCCUGGGCUGCUGAGGGGGAGGGAGAAGCAGCCCCCCCCCAAUCCCCCAGGCCAAGGACCUCCCUGGCAGAGGUGCAAUCCUGCCCCCCCCCACGUGGCAUGGGCUGACACUGCUGCAUGUACCACUGAUGAAGUGUGGGGUGGUCUCUGCCACUCGGGCGCUUCAGCGUAGUGAUCGCCCCUUCCUUCCUUCCUUCCUUCCUGGGGGCAAGGAGUGCCUCUCUCCUCUGUCUGAAUCUCGGGCGCCACUCGCUUGGCUAGGUUUGAAAUGCCUAGGCACUGUUUGGAUUUUUUAAUAAAGUUACUGCCAGCUGC